AUGUUCAGCAAGGACUCAGAGCACGCUAAAGAUCGCAGCAAGAUCGAGCAGCUGUGCUACUCAGACUUGUCUGUGAGCUCAGUGUAUGCCAAAGAUGCGAGCAAGUCGCCCGCAGAUCUUGACUGGGCACGAAGCUGCGGCAACUUCAAGGACACGAGACCAACCGAGCUGUUUCUUCAUGCGUUCCACGACUUGCUCCAGUGUCUGGACCGAGAUGCGGUUGCCAAUUGUGUGUCGCCGCCGCUUUGUGGCAGCACUGGCUAUGUGCCAAUGACCAUCAUUGCUCCUCUCAACGACCAACUGAGGCAUAUGUCAAAUCUCAUCGCACGGGCAAAGAAGGAAGUACUGCUAGCUACCAACUUUUGGAAGAAAUCUGGCGCAAGUACCUUCGUCAACGAUGCGCUGAUUGAGCUAUCUAAGCGGGCUGGGGCGAGAGGGGAGCGAGCUGUAGUCAAGAUUAUGUUCGACAGAGGUGCUCUCAAGCAGGUUCUUAACAACCAUCAAAACGUCGACUCGAAUGGCUGGCAAGCAGCUGGCGUUGGAAUCCCUCCACCAGAACAGAUGCCAAACGUGGACCUUGCCAUAGUCAAUUUUCAUCGACCGCCAUUGGGGACGUUCCACAGCAAAUUCAUGAUUGUUGAUCGCCAGAUAGCCACCGUCUCGUCGAAUAACAUCCAAGAUAAUGACAAUCUGGAGAUGAUGACACACCUCGAAGGUCCAAUUGUUGACUCGCUCUGGGAGACCUUUCUCAUCUCCUGGCACAACGAAUUAGACCCUGCACUCCCAUGCCGCACGGAGCCCGCAGCCACGAAACCACCACCAACGUAUGAACUCGAGAGCUUCACCUCACUUUUCGAGCCGGACGGCAAAUUUCGUCUUCCAGAAAAGCCUUUCGACAAAGACCUCCCCGAACACAUGCCAAACGAACCACAUCACGACUCCACGAUGUCUGAAGAGAUUGACCGCAUGCGCUCCACCCUUCGACCUUCGUCUGCCGAGAAGUCCGUCGAUGCUGUAGCCCGCCAUCUCAACAAACCCACAAACCUCAGCGUCAAGGCCACAGCACCGGAACGGAGCAAUGACUUGAACUUCUUCCCAUUCAUUCCCCUGCCCAACACCGAACCAGUACCAAUGGCCAUGUGCUCACGCAAACCGUACGCCAACCUAAACAACGACUCGAUCUUCGUCCCUCAAAACGAAGCCUGGCUCUCUCUAAUGCGAAACGCAAAGAAAUCAAUCUUCAUCCAGACUCCAGACCUCAACGCCAAACCCCUCUUGCCCGAAUUGAUCAAAGCCGUAAAACGGGGUGGGGUUCAAGUCACUUGCUACGUCUGUCUCGGUUACAACGAUGGAGGAGAAUUGCUCCCCGGCCAAGGAGGAACGAACGAGAUGAACGCCAACCACCUCUUCUCCCAACUCGAGGAAUCCGAAAAGGAGAAUUUGAACUUCCAUUACUACGUUGCUGCCGAUCAGAUUCUCCCUAUCCAUAACAAUUUCCGGCAGAGAUCUUGUCAUAUCAAGCUCUUGAUUGUCGAUGAACAGGUUGCGAUUCAGGGUAGUGGGAAUAUGGAUACGCAGAGUUGGUUCCAUUCGCAGGAGGUUAAUGUCAUGAUUGAUUCGAGCGCGAUCUGUAAGGCUUGGAGGGAGGGGAUUGAGAGGAAUCAGAAUACGGGGAGGUAUGGGAGAGCAAGUUCCAAGGAUGGAUGCUGGUAUCAUCCCGAGUCGGGAAAGUUGGCAGAGGGAUGUUUGGGGACUGAUGCAGGACACUUUGCUUGGGCGAAAGGCGUCAUCGGGACUUUCAACAAGGCGAAGGGUGUGUAG